GUCCUUCGCUGUAUUUGUACCUCUCCUCGUCGUCGCCCCCAAUGCCUACUGUUACCUCGCCCAUGUCGUUCUCCCGCCCCCGCGUCUCCUCGCCUUUGGCAGAGUCGUUCUCUUCGGGCAACAUGAAACCCCAGUCAAUUCCCCGGCCACAACCAGCGCGACAGCACGGUGCAUUCAUGCCCUCGCGCGCUCUCAGGCCCUUCCCGACCAUCUCGCACGCUCUCCAACCGUCCAAAUCGUCGAACCUCGGAAACAAGCCUGUCAAGCUGAUAGAGCCGCCCAAGAACUGCAAGAUGACUUUCGUUCUGGACCUGACUCAAGCCGAACUUGGUCGACAGGAGUGAACACCUCCGACUUGACCGCGACCCUGCUUUCCUCGUCACACCCUCUAUGCAUCCCUCACAGCCCAUGCUUGCCCCUUUUCAACUACCAAACAACGCGCCCUAUCGGAUUGCACCAGGUUAUCAUUCGCAUCCUGGAUCGUUACCUAGUCCUGCCCAGCUCGCCACCUAAACGCCCGCCGCUGCAACCAACAUCCCGCAUUCCCAGACUAGACGGACCCGCCCAGUGGCCUCUAUCAAAAUAGGCACCUACGCCCGCCCUUCACGGGUUCCGCCAACUCCCCAUCUCGACAACGGCAUCCACAAGCCAACAACAACCCAACAAGUAGCAUAGGACCCUCGACGACCUUUUAACUCUUGAUUUAUUGCCUUUUAUUCUUGCACUUUUUCCACAGACACAGAACUCUUCUCGUCUCCUCGUCUACUGUUAUAUGUAACGAGCUGUAAGCUACAGAACCCCCUUCACGACAUUGCAUGUACUUGUAUCCCAUAUUUCUCUUUUCCUU